ACACUCACAAUUACACCAUUAUAUAUAUUUCUUCCCAAAAACAAAAAACACACAUUGAUGGUGAUUGUUUGGUCCCUUUCAAAAAAAUCGUCUCAAGAUUCGACUUUUUAAUAAUCCGUCGACUUUUCCGUUAAGCUGCUGCGAGCUUAAUUUUUAAUAUUUAUUUUUGAAAUGGAAGGCCGUGAUCAGAGCGCCGAUUUAUCCGAUUAUUUCUUCGAUGAAUCCGAGUUUUGUUCCAACAACAGCUUUUGCACUUCACCUGCUGCUUCUGAUGAUAUUUUCAGUGUGCUUGAAGCUUGGGAAAGCGCUUCCGGUUACAAUACUCCGGCGUCGAAAGCUGUUGGAAGCGGCGGCGAAAGCUGUUUUGAGUUCCGAAAAUCGGCUGCUUAUAAUAAUAGUAAUAAUUCAUCUCCAUUUGGCCAAGAAUCUGAUGAAUUAGCUGCAGAUCAGGUAGAAGCUGGUUUGCCAAAGUGCAAGAGACAGAAGCUGAAUGCAGCUUCUGCUUCUGCUUCUGCUUCAGCUUUUGCUUUUGAGAUGGAAGAAGGGCAGCAAAGAAUGACUCACAUAACAGUGGAGAGAAACAGAAGGAAGCAGAUGAAUGAGCAUCUUUCUGUGCUUCGUUCUUUGAUGCCUUGCUUUUAUGUCAAGAGAGGUGACCAAGCAUCAAUAAUUGGUGGAGUAGUGGAUUACAUAAACGAAUUGCAGCAGCUCCUACAAUCCCUCGAAUCCAAGAAGCAAAGAAAAGUGUACAACGAAGUUCUAAGCCCGAGGCUCGUCUCAAGCCCGAGACCCUCUUCCACGCUCAGCCCGCGUAAGCCACCGGUGAGCCCGAGGCCCGGCCCGUCAAUAAGCCCGCGCACCCCACAACCAAGCGGCGCGUACAAACCCUGGAUGCAAAGCCAGCUGCAUCCGCCACCGCCUUCUCCUUGCAACUCGUCCGCGUCGUCGUCCAUCAACGACGCGGUGAACGAGCUAGUGGCCACCUCGAAAUCGGGCCUGGCCGAAGUGGAGGUGAAAUUUGCGGGGCCCAACUUGGCGCUCAAAACGGUGUCGAACCGCGUACCGGGCCAGGCGGUCAAGAUUGUUGCUGCACUUGAGGAACUUGCCCUAGAGAUCCUCCACGUCAGCAUCGGCAUGGUUGAUGGCAAAAUGGUCAAUUCGUUCACUAUUAAGAUUGGAAUUGAAUGCCAGCUUAGUGCAGAAGAUUUGGCUCAGCAAAUCCAGCAGACUUUCUCCUAAUUAAUUAAUUAAUUAAUUACUUAAUUAAUUAAUUAGUUAAUUAGGUGCAACAAAUAAUAAUGCAUGGGGUUCUUCUUCUGGAGUACGAUGAGGGUUUGCAAUUGGAAAUGCAAAUAAAAAAAAGCAAAUGUAUUUAAUUAGUUAUUGACAUGUUUGCUGAUUAAUUUAUAAUGUAUUUUUGUAGUAUUAAUUAGUUAUUCAUAAUUAAUACUACUAAUUUGUAUUUUUGAAUUUGUUUGGUAUUAUAUUAUUGACCUUUUUGUAUUGAGCUGAUGACUGAAUUAAUUAGCAACUAUAUUCUUCU